CACUUGUUUGAGAUUUCUACCCUCCCCUAACCCGAAUUUAGUGUCAACUGUACCAUUUGGAACAAGUUUUACUGUGACAUUGUGACGCCGCCGAACGAAUGUUUUUUUCUUCUUUGUAGUUUACUAGUUCACGUACAAUGAUUCUGAUAUUCGAGUUAGUUUGUCAGUGGUAGUGGACGUGUCAGUUCUGUUCUGGAUAGGUUGGCGUCGGCUUAGCUGGCUGCCUUUAUUUGACCGGCAGGUUAUGUAGAGGUAGCGUUCCAAUCUUGUCCAAGUUUCUGAAUAAUUGAUAAAUAUGUUUUACUCUCGGAAAAAUGUUCGUAAAUUUAGAAUUCUGUAUUUAGUUUAAUUAUUUUAGAAAAUGACGAGAAUUCUUCUAAUUUAUCUGUUUGUUUUGUUGAGUGCACUUCUUGCACAAUGCAACAAACUUAACCCUGUGGAAGAAUUCUCGGACCCGAAGUUGUUCAAACAGCUGCUGCGCACUCGGACCAAUGUUCUGGUCUUGUUUGCCCAAUCUCGGAACGCCAUAAAUGACAUCUAUAAGGCCUUCAAGGAAGCAGCAUCAGAGGUCAGAGGCAUCGGCACCAUGAUCUUGAUUGAUUGCUCAGGGUCAGGCCAGAAGCUGUGUCGUCAGCUGAAAGCCUCUCCUGAUCAGUUUGUCAUGCAUCACUAUAAAGAUGGCAAAUUUCACAAGGUGUACGAUCGACAGCUGACAACAAAGAGUCUUGUGCGCUUCAUGAAUGACCCCACAGGUGAUCGUCCGUGGGAGGAGGAACCUACCAGCAAACAUGUUAUACACUUGGACACCCCUUCGAAUCUUAGUAAGCUGUUGAAGAAACACAAGCGAGUCCUUGUCAUGUUUUAUGCCCCGUGGUGUGUUUACUGCAAGCAAAUGAAGCCUGAAUACGCUGCUGCUGCAGCCAAAGUGAAGGAGAAUGGGCUAGGUGUGUUGGCAGCCAUGGAUGUCCACAGAGCAGAGAACACUGGCAUGAGGACCAAGUACAAUAUCACAGGAUUUCCUACUGUACACUACUUCAAGAAUGGUGAAAUUUUGGCAACCUAUGAGGGAGAAAACAAGCAAGAUAAGAUCGUGGAGUUUAUGAAGGACCCAACAGCAGUCCCUGUCAAAGUCAAAGAGACUCCUUGGUCUGAGGAACCAUCAGAAGUGAAACAUCUCACUACAGAUACAUUUGAUCAAUUCAUUAAGGAGAAUCCGUCAACCCUUGUGAUGUUUUACGCUCCAUGGUGUGGUCACUGCAAGAACCUCAAGCCAGAGUGGGUGAAAGCAGCAGCUGUGGGCAGCAAACAGCUCAAUAACGGAGUAGUUGCUGCUGUAGAUGCUACUAAAGAAAAUGCCUUGUCUGAUCGUUUUAAGGUUAAGGGGUUUCCCACCAUAAAGUACUUCAAAGAUGGAGAGUUUGUGUUUGACACUCCGAACUUGAGAGACUCAAAGAAGGUGAUAGAGUUUCUGCGAGAUCCCAAGGAGCCACCGCCUGCACCACCACCAGAGCCUGCGUGGGCAGACGUACCAUCUGAGGUGGUUCACCUCACUGAGGAUAACUUCAAGAGCCAAUUACGAUCAAAGAGGCAUGCCCUUGUCAUGUUUUACGCUCCCUGGUGUGGCCACUGUAAGGCUGCAAAACCGGAAUUUGAAAUGGCCGCUGAACAGUUGAAGGAAGAACCUCGGAUGGUUUUAGCUGCAGUGAAUUGCGUUGACAACCCAGCAGUUUGUAAGCUGUAUGAUGUCAAAGGCUAUCCAACGUUCAAGUACUUCAAAUAUCAAAAAGAAUCUUCUGGUUAUGAUGGCGGAAGAAAGGCUGCAGAUUUUGUAAAUUUUUUGAAGAACUUAGAAAGAGACUCGGGGGUUCAGACAGGAAACAGUGAACAGUCUUCCACCCAGGCUUCAGUUGCCAAGGAACAGAAGCCAGUUUCAGAGAAUAAAAAAACAGAGAAACGAGAGGUUCCAAACCAUUCUGGAUCUGAUAAACUUCUCCAGCUGACAGAUGGCAACUUUAAAACACUUGUGGGAGAACACAAGCACCUAUUUGUCAUGUUUAUUGGCAAAGGAUGCAACAAGUGCGACAGUGCCACAGCUGUGUUUGGUGAAGUGGCCCGUAUGAGCGACCCCGGCUCAGGCCUAGCCACCUUGGCUGUGUGUGAUGUAGACACCUCUCCUGCAGUAGCAGCUGAACUUAAGGUCGACACCCUGCCCACCUUCAAGUACUUCAGAAAUGGCAUGUUUGUCCUCGACUACUCAGGAGAAAUUGUUGCAAAUCUUAUUCAUGAAUUUAUUAAAAGGUUGAAGAACCUCUCUAAAGACGAACUCUAAUUAUUAGUGCAUUAAGGACAUUGUCUCAAAGUGAGGAAAGUAUAAACUACCGAAAACUAAAAAAAAACUUUCUAAACAAAUGCACGUUGAAAAUUUUGAAAAUAUAAAAAAAUUGUUUACAAUGUAUUUUUUAAUUGGUGAUGGUAUAUGGUUUGUUAUUUGUACACUUUUGCAACUAUUUUCGUGUAAAAUAGUACACUCAAUUCCCUGACUAUGUUAUACGAAUGUUUACGUGUGCUGUAGUGAACAAAACUUUUUUAAAUUUAACUAUUCACUUACUGUGGUCGUGUUCUGACAAUUUUCGCUUUUAGAUCUAUUUAAAUUAAUUAUUUAACAUUAUGUUUAUUAUCAAUGAUAAUAAUUUGACUGUAAUAGUUUAAUGUUAUUGUUGAAUCAUAACAAAUGUAGAAGUAUGAUAUAAAAUAAGUAUAUGACAUAGUUUGCUGACAAAGACUUACAAUUUUGACUUAUGCUGCAGUGUUAGUUUCAGAAGUGUAUUACGUUUCUCAGCCAAAACCAUGUAGUUUGAAUGACUAAAUUAAUAAUCUUAUUUUUACUGUUAAAGUACCAAAACCAAAUUUUUAGUAGGUCAAUAAUAAAACUUGCUAUUUUAUUUUGCUUAGUAUUACAGUUAAAUUGGGUUUUGGCCUAAAGCAACUUGAUUUCUUGAGUACAUUUUUUUCUUUAACAUCUUGCUUUAUCCAAGAAAUAAUUUUGCUUUUUGUCAUAAAAUUUGGGUCGUUCCACAAUUUCCAUAAAGCCUUGAUAUUGGAAAUUGUGGUGAUAUCUGAAUUUGCCUCUCAUACAUGGUUUAGUCAGUACGUUUCCCAACUUCAAUAGUAAAUUAGAACUAUACCUCAUAUUUGACACUAUUUUAUAAAUGUUACACAGUGCAUCAAUUGUUUGUUCAGCAGGCUGUCUUUGUCAGCAAGAAAAUAUUUCAAAAUCUGUACUUAAAUAAGAUAAUUACAGUUUCUAACUAUAAUAUUUAAUGAACAAAGUUUGUGUUUACGAUAAUAUGUUCCAAUAGUUUUGGAUUAAUCUAAAUUAUAUUUCAGUAUGUAAUAGCCUAAUGUUUGCAUAGCAGGUGUAGUAAACCGCCAAAGAGAGGACAAAGUUUUAAAUUUAAAGUAAUAUAAGUAUUGCCGUUUUAUAGUACUAUUUUAGGUAAUAAAUCAUAAACGUAUGUACCUCUCAGGCAAAAGCAUUAGAUUGUAUCUCUUAUAAAAUGUAACGUGUUAGUUUUAAAAUUAAAGUAUAGGCAUGUAUGAUUAUAGUCUUAAUAGGUCAGUUGUACCAAAAUAAAUGUUGUGUAAUGUAUUUUAAUUUUAAAAAGUUUCAGCCGAUUUCACUCAAAAGGGAAUUUAUUACUUGAGUACAAUUUGCUCGUCCAUGCCAUCCUUACCUUCCAAGAAAUUUUUUCCCUUUUGGGUAUAAAAAAUUUGGGCCGUACGACAAUUUCCAUAAAGCCUUGAUAUUGGAAAUUGUGGUAAUGUCUGAAUUUUGUCCAACCAUAUAAUUUGUUUUAAUAUGCAUUUGUCUAAUUUCAUUUAGCAUAAAUAUCUUUUUACUUUCUUUAAUUGCACUUAGAUUUUCAUAUAUUUUAUAAGAAUUAUAAACAAUUAAAAAUAAAAUAAAUUUGGAUCGUGCUGGAAAUUCCAUAUAGCCUUGACAUUGGAAUUUUUGGUAAUGUCCAUAAAUUUUAAAACAUCUUUGCCUGUUAUCUUUAAUAUAUAAAAUGUACAGUGUGUGUUGCAACAUUAGGCAUUACAUUUUGUAUCUUCCCAAAAAGUAAGAUACUUUAAAAUACCUUGUGGAAGUGUAUAUUCUUGUUAAAAUGUUCAGGACUAUUUUGUAGCUCACAGAUGUUUAUUUAUUAGGAUAAUUAACUAAUCCAUUUCAUGACAAGUUGACAUUAAAUGCGAUUGAACAAUGUAACAAAGCAUCAUAUUAAUCUCAUUAAAUCUUCUAUGAGAUUUGUUACAGAAAUUAAGUGCCUUUUUAGUAACUAAUUAAGAUAGGAGGUAAAUGUUAUAUUUUGUACAAGCCUUAAAUGUCAUUAGAACAAGAUUAAUUUUAAUAGUAAAUUCUAGAUUUCUUGCAGUACUUACUUCCCUUGCAAUGGUAGGAGGAACAGAGCGAUGCCAUCUUACACAUUUCAGUCGGAGUUGUAUUUGUUGAUUUUGUAGUGGAUGACAGAAUUAGCAGGUAAUAUACUCUGAUGUUCACUCGAUAACCUGUCUUCCAUUAGUCUCAGAUAUCUCCUAUACGUUGUUCCCGUUAUUAGUCUAUAUUUGUGAUUGUAUGUGAUAACUUAACCCCUAUCAUAUCUAGUUUAAGUCUAUUUUGUAUUCCUGUAUUGUUAACACUGCCGUUUGGUGCUUUGUAUAUUUAUUAUUGCUUUUGUUAGCGUGUGCUCACAGGGAACCUAUUUACACUUUUGUACGUUACUUGUAAGUGUUGUACUGUAACACAGGGAAUAACUAUUAAGUGGUUGUAAAUUUGUGUACAAACAUUUAAAAAUGAUAAUAUGAUGUUGAAUAAUAUUUAUAAAUAACAA